GCAAGUCUUUGGGCAACUCCCUACACACUGAUUACCCAGCAGGCCCCGCGACCUGUCUUUUCCUCCAUCUUUGUGGACUGUUCGCAGGUGAUUGCACCUGAAGAGAACAAAAAUGCCUGGAAGACUGUGGAGUAAGGCCAUCUUCACCGGCUAUAAGCGCGGUCUAAGGAACCAGCGUGAGCACACAGCGCUACUGAAGCUAGAGGGCUGCUACAGCCGCGAUGAGGUGGACUUCUACCUGGGCAAACGAUGCGCUUACGUCUACAAGGCCAAGAAGAACACAGUGACGCCUGGCGGUAAACCCAACAGAACCAGAGUGAUCUGGGGGAAGGUGACCAGGGCCCACGGAAACAGCGGGAUGGUCAGAGCCAAGUUCAGCAGCAACCUGCCCGCUAAGGCCAUUGGACACAGAGUCCGGGUGAUGCUGUAUCCAUCCCGGGUGUGAAGAGCGACCAUGUUUGUACAGAAAUAAUAAAAACUGAUCAAUAAAUGGGUCGGCACAAAA